UUCUAAAUUUAGAAAUGUAAACAAAACAUCCGUUACCAAAAGUGAAAGUUGAAAACAGUUUUUGGAAAUUUCCUAUGAAAAGAACUAAGUAGGUCAAUAUGAGUAAGACAUUCGCAAGUAAACCAGCUGCUGUCAGAAGUAGAAACCCUAACAAUCAAAAUCAAGCAGUAGGCAGUGAAACUGUACCCAAAACAACUUCGAACAGAGGCAGAGGAACAGUACCCAAAACAACUUCGAACAGAGGCAGAGGUGCAAUGGCAACCGGAGGGAGAAAUUUACCAACAGGAGCAGGGAGGGGAUCACUUGCAACCGGAGGGAGAAAUUUACCAACAGGAGCAGGCAGGGGAUCACUUACAAGUAAUUCUGAUGCAGAAAAUUUACAACCUCAGCAACAACCUCUUGACCAGAGAAUGUCAUAUCAAGGUUGUUAUACAAUGAUAUCACCAAAUGAGAAAAAAAGACAAGAAUUUCAGAGAUUGGCAGAUAAGGAAACAGCAAGCUAUCAACAAUACAAGGAACAGAAGAAAGUUGGUCCUCUGAGCUAUGUUGGAACUGCAGGAGGAGGAGCUAUAACUGAGCAGCAGGCAAGAAAUAGAUUGAUUCAGGACAACAAAAAUCCAAGUAUGAAACUACGAGAGAAAAGAGAAGGAUACAAAACAGAGCAGAAGAAAAAGGAAGAUGAAGAAAUAGAACUGAAAAGGAAAAAACAAAGAGAUCUAGCAGACAAGAAUAAAUUAAAAUCACAUCAGACAGAAGCAGAAAAAAGAAAUAAAUGGGAUGAAGACAGAAGAAGAAAGACUGAUGAUUUUUUAAGCCGAUUAGAAAGAAAGCCUAAUGAAGACAGGCAACCAGGUUCAGGCAAUACAGAAUUCAAAUCAAGAGGCUCAUAUACCGUUUCAUCUAACGCUGUUGCAUCAGUUCAACCUGUAUCUGAAGUUGAUACACCAAGUAAUUUAAGAGGUGCCCAUGCAUAUAGUAAUACCAACAUGCCUGUUUCAAAUGACCUGGAUACUUUACAUGGAAUGUUUCCACACUGUGAUAGAGCUACCUUACAAGAUAUUCUUCAACAUAAUUCAUUGGAAAGUGCUAUUGAUUUGUUAACCUGAGAAAGCUAGUAAAUCUUGUGAAAAAAAUGUUAUGAGUCAAUUAACAUGUUAACUAUUGGAGGAACAGUGCUAAUUAUUAUAGACGAUUUUAAGAUUUUAAAGUAUGAAGAAAAUAUUUUGGUUUAGUUGAAACCAUUAAUAUAUUUAUUUCUAAUGGUUCUCUGCUUAUAGUUAUCAAAAGGUACCUGGAUUUUUACUCAUUGUGAAGCAAAAAUGACCAGUUAUGUCCACAAUCUUUGUAUUUAAAUGCUUUCUUUUAUAAUAGCAAUUGCACAACUGACAUAUAUGCAAGAUAAGUUAACAUGAAACUAUGUUUGUGUAAUAACAAAAUAAGUUAACAUGACACACAAAAUUCGGCUAAAAUACCGGACACCAAGAUAAAUUAUAAAAGGGCGAAGUCCAUACAAACUGACAACAUUAAACUUGAGAAUCUAUAAACCAACAUUUCCCUACCAAUGUCGGUCGUUCUCCGGUAUUCCAAACUUGAGAAUCUAUUAACCAACAUGUCCCUACCAAUGUCGGUUGUUCUCUCCGGGUAAUCCUUGUAUCCUAGACAAACAAAGUGUGACCCCCACGGAAUAGCACAGUAGUAGUGAAAGUGGUGUAAAACACCAAUCAAUCAAUCUAUAAACCAACAUUUCCCUACCAAUGUCGGAUGUUCUCUCCGAUUCCGUAUUCUUGUAUUCUAGACCAACAAAGUGUGACCAUCACGGAAUAGCACAGUAGCGUGAAAGUGGUGUAAAACAUAAAUCAAUCAAUCUACGAACCAACGGAACAAAUGGUCAACAACGUCAUAUUCCUGUUAAUUCUAGGAAAAUUAGCUGCAAAUUUGAUUUAAAAGGAUAGCCAUAUUGUAUACUAUUAUCAAACACCACUGUACUAUGGAUAGUAACAACUUUAAGUCUUAGAUGUCAAAUUAAAAUCAAUUAUUAUCUUUAGACACAGAGAACUGUUACAUCAUUCUUCAUGUUCAUGCUAUCAAGGUGUUCAUAUAUUUAUGAGUAGGACAAUCAUAUAUUCUAAUAUAAAAAUAAGGAGAUGUGGUAUGAUUGCUAAUGAGAGACCUAUCCACCAAAAUUCGAAUGCAGUAGUUGUGAGCACCUAAAGGUGACAGUAAGGCCUUCAACAGUGAGAAAAAUCCACACCUAAUAGUGGGCUAAAUAGUUAUCAAAGGUACCAGGAUUAUAAGUUAAUACGCCAGACGCGCGUUUCGUCUACAUAAGACUCAUCAGUGACGCUCAGAUCAAAACAAUUAAAAAGCCAAACAAAUACAAAGUUGAAGAGCAUUGAGGAUCCAAAAUUCCAAAAAGUUGUGCCAAAUACGGCUAAGGUAAUCUACUCCUGGGCGUAAGAAAAUCCUUAGAUUUUCGAAAAAUUCAAAGUUUUGUAAACCAAAAAUUUAUGAAAUGACCAUAUAAUUGAUAUUCAUGUCAACACCGAAGUGCUGACUACUGGGCUGGUGAUACCCUCGGGGACGAAACGUCCACCAGCAGUGGCAUCGACCCAGUGGUGUAAAUAGUUAUCAAAGGUACCAGGAUUAUAAGUUAAUACGCCAGACGGAUAAGACAUGAAAAAAAGAAACGAUUCAAUUUAGAAAACUAAAUGCCUAAUUGAUACAACACAAUUUUCGAAAAUCGAAUAUGACAGACAUUAAUCAACAAACAACCACAGAAAAAGGCUGUUAACUCUGUACAGGCACUUGAGACAGUCCAGUUUAAAAUAUUUUAUUGCCUAAAUAGGAUUGUAUACAAGUUAUAACAAUUUAAAAUUAUAGUACUCUCCAAAUCAUUAUUACAUACAAAAUCCAAGUUGAAAGCAAAUAUAUGUAAACACAAUAUGAAAACUUAACAGUAUAUGAAUUGCGCAACAACUAUGUGUGAUCUUUUGGAAUGUAACAGAAAUAGAUACAAGUCUAUUUCAAAAUGCAAAAUUAUAACCUUAGUAUUGUUUUAUAUGACUGAAAAUAUAUAUAAAUAUGAAAAAAGACUGUUAGUGUUCACAACCUAAAUAAUAGUAUAUUAUAGGGAAAUAACGAAACAUAAAAAGGGGAUACAAUAUUUUAUUACACAACCCUAAGCACAAAUUGCUUAUUUUACAAAAACGGUCUUUAUAAAUCAGGUCUAUUUUUGAGAGUAUACAUCUGUUUAUAAACUGUGUGUGUAUAAUAUUUUCCUAACAAAGUCUCUUGUCUUUUCUUUGAGUGAACUGAUUUGGUCUCUGCCGCUAAGUUAUAUGCAUGAACGCUAGAAGGACGAUUUGAUAUAAAAAUAGGUUUUUAAAUGGUCUUGAUAGUUGAUAAUAUAAUGAUAAAACAGUCUUUAUCAAAUUAGUGCAUUAAAUCAUAAAAGUAUUGUAAAACAAAAUCGUUUGAAAUUAGAGGUAAUGUCUUUUAUUUUUUUUGAAUUAUAAUCUUUAAUAAAUCUUGAUUACUAGAAAGGAAUAAAUAAUUUUAUUCCAUCAGACCUUGCUUUACAUUCAUAAAAUGUUACGUAUCCUUUAGCCUUAAAAGCUUACAUUUCAUCUGUGUUUAUCAUAUUUUAAUAUCGCUAGUCUGCCCAAAAUGGAUAGCUGAAAAAAAUAUAUUAUUCCCCUUCAUAACUUUUUUUAUCUUGAUUAAUUUUAGCAUAGAAAUUGUUUGUAUAGUUCAUAUGCUGAAAUCAGAAUCCUUAAUUGAAUUCUGAAAUAGAAUGAAAUUGAAAUAAUUUAUUUUUGUAGAUCCAUAAAAACCAAACGUUUUUUUAUAUAGAUUUUAACUAAAUGUACAUUACAUUCAGAGUCACAAAUAUGAAUGACACAUAAAUCCCAAAAUUAUCUUAAUAUUGGUAUACAUAUUUAUACAUAUACAGAAUAAUUGCUUUAAUACUACUAUGAAUUACUUGUACAAGAUGCAGUUUUGGAAAAUAGAAAUAAAAAUAGAUAGCUAAAUAAAAACCCUUCAACUUAAGAUUAUUUUUUAAUAGUCGAUUAUCUUAUGCUUUAUUUUCCUUGUUAAUAUGCUUUAUUUAUUGUUGUUUACAAGUAUAAUUUAGUUUUAAAAUAUGAUAUAAACAAUAUGUGUUACUAUUUUAUAUUUUUACAGUUUAUAUGGAUUAAUUUAUUAAACUGAAAUAAAUUUUAAAAAAUAUUGCACUCUUCCAUGUGGUGUUUGAAUUUUACAUGAAAAUAAUUUGGAAAUGUUUGAAAUGACAAUAAAAAGAAUUAUAUUACGGACACAAUAUUAUCAAGGAGAUGGGAGGUAUCAGAAACAACUAUGGCAACAAAUGCUUUACCAAAAGAAGACAAUUAUCAGAAUUGUACAUGACGUUGGUUUUAGUCAUUUAUUUAGGAC